AUGUCAUGCCCCCAAAUUUCCCUCUCUUUCUCCAUUCUCUUCUUAGUCCUCUUAGCACCAUUACUCCUAGCACAAUCUCCAUCUCCUCCUCCUCCAAACCAUGCUUCUCUUUCUCCUUCUUCUGCUUGCAAAUCCACAUUGUAUCCAAAACUAUGCCGUGCAAUACUCUCAGCUAUUCGUUUCUCACCUUCUGAUCCAUAUGGUUAUGGCAAGUUCUCUAUCAAACAAAGCCUCAAACAAGCAAGGAAACUAGCCAAAGUGUUUGAGGACUUCCUCAAACGACACCAAUCUUCUUCUCUCAACCAUGCAGAGGUUGCUGCAUUAGGUGAUUGUAGAGACCUCAACAAUCUCAAUGUGGAUUACUUGGGGUCCAUCUAUGAGGAACUCAAAUCAGUUGGUUCUUCUGAUACAGAGUUGGUUGAGAAAAUUGAAAGUUAUCUAAGUGCUGUUGCUACCAACCACUACACUUGCUAUGAUGGAUUGGUUGUGACUAAAAGCAACAUUGCAAAUGCUCUAGCAGUGCCACUUAAGGAUGUGACACAGUUGUACAGUGUGUCACUUGGGUUGGUCUCUGAGGCUCUAAAUAGAAACCUCAAAAAGCUUAAGACCCGCAAACAUGGCCUUCCCACUAAGGCCUUCAAGGUCAGGCAGCCACUUGAGAAGCUCAUCAAGCUUCUUCGCACAAAGUAUAGUUGCAAUAAAUUAUCCAAUUGUACUAGAACUCAAAGGAUUUUGAAAGAAAAUGAAAGCCGAGGAAUUCUACUCAACGACUUUGUUUUUGUGAGCCCUUAUGAGACAGACAACUACACUUCCAUUGGAGAAGCUAUUGGUGCUGCCCCCAAUAACACAAAUCCACAAGAUGGUUAUUUUCUUAUCUAUGUUAGAGAAGGGUACUAUGAGGAAUAUGUAAUUGUUCCCAAAGAAAAGAAGAAUAUCCUACUAAUUGGAGAUGGUAUUAACAAGACUGUCAUCACAGGGAACCAUAGUGUCAUAGAUGGUUGGACAACUUUCAAUUCUUCCACCUUUGCUGUUGCUGGAGAAAGAUUUAUAGCAGUGGAUGUUACAUUCAGAAACACAGCUGGUCCAGAAAAACACCAAGCUGUAGCAGUAAGAAACAAUGCUGAUCUCUCCACAUUCUACCGUUGCAGUUUUGAAGGAUAUCAAGACACACUUUAUGUUCACUCUUUGAGGCAAUUCUACAGGGAAUGUGAUAUCUAUGGUACUGUUGACUUCAUUUUUGGCAAUGCUGCUGUGGUCUUCCAGAGUUGUAACAUAUAUGCAAGAAAACCUAUGCCAAACCAGAAGAAUGCUUUCACAGCACAAGGAAGAACUGAUCCUAAUCAAAACACUGGGAUUUCAAUCCAAAACUGCACAAUUGAUGCUGCACUAGACUUGGCCAUGGACUUGAAUUCUACUCAAAGUUACUUAGGUAGGCCUUGGAAGGAGUAUUCAAGAACUGUUUAUAUGCAGUCAUAUAUUGGUGAUCUAAUUCAACCUGCUGGAUGGUUAGAGUGGAAUGGCACAGUUGGGUUAGACACCCUCUUUUAUGGUGAGUUCGACAACUAUGGACCCGGUUCUAAUACUAGCAAUAGAGUUCAAUGGGGUGGUUAUAGUGUGUUGAAUGCUACUCAAGCUUGGAACUUUACAGUGGUUAAUUUUACUUUGGGAGAUACAUGGCUUCCUGAUACAGAUAUACCUUACGUUGAAGGAUUGCUAAAUUAGAUAACUCAAAUUUUAUAUUGAAAAAAUAAAUUUGAUUCAUUAUUGGUUAGAUGUAAUGUAACUAUAUAAUUUUCAUUUUAAGGAAGAG